AUGGCGCACCUGACGAGGGAUCACCCGGAGAUGAAGUGCACGCAGAUACCUGGGAAGCCGGUGAUCAUCGGAGGCGACGGUGGGGGGGUCGGGAAGCCGCUGGAGACGUUUUUGAAGGAUUCCAAGGCGGUGACGUUCGGGCCGACGGACGACGACGGGAACUCGUUGGCGGAACGGGCGAGCGGGUUGGACGAUAUCAUCGUGGAUAUCAUGGCGUGGAGUCGACGGGUGGUGUACGAGCCGGACGAUAUGCCGAUGUCGUUGCAGGUGGACGUCGCGCGACAUCUGUGCGAUAUGUUCGCCAGGCAAGAGAAGUGGUUGCACCCGUCGCUGACGACGAAUGGGAUCAAUCACGAUGACGAGAUCGGGCGAUGGGGAUGGAAGGAUCCGUUGGCGAUGUACCUCAUUCCCAUCUUUCGCGACGUCUACGGGCCGAGUGUGACGUACGUGCACUUGGUGAGAGACCCGCGGACGCUGCCGCUCGGGAAUUUACACGAGAAAGAGCGAGACCUUCAACAAGCUUAUUUCGGCGAGGAGCGAUGGCAUGAGCUCACGAUGAAGUUCGAGGAGGAGUGGAUGCACCUCUCCGAGCAUGCGUCGCUGAAGGACGUGGAAAAGGACGACGUGAUCGAUUUAUUGCGCACGACGGCGUACUGGACGGCGAUCAACUUUGAAAUCGGUGCCUUGUUCAAAGGUCCGCUUGCUGAUUACGGCAUGAUUCUACGCGCGGAGGACCUGGUGCAGCCCGACAUGGAGCACUUCCGACGUGGUGCCGACGGGGUUAAGCUCGAGAAGUACCAAGCCGCCCAAAAGGUUGUCUCUGAGCUCUCGAUGAAGCUCAAGCUUCCGGCGAAAAUCUCAAACGAAUUUGGAAGCCAUCAGCACGUGAUGCACAACCUGAAGCGCUUCACCAUCUAUCGCGAAAAAUUCACCUACCGACCGAACUCGCCCCUGGUGGACGUGCAAACGCGAAUCGCCGAGAAGACCUUGACGCUCUUCGGGUACUCCACCGACAAAACUUUAUUCGUGCCGCAGCCCCGGCACGCGACGACGCACCACGGCCAUCGGGUGACGCCAAAGGGCGAACACAUGCACGAGGAACACCGCUACACCCCCGAGAACUUCGACGGCGACGUAGGAGAGGCCGAAGAUGACGAGAACGCCCACCCCGAGAACACCGAUCACAUGCUGGGCACCCAGCUCAAGAGCACCGAUCGAUUAAGACAACACCGCGAGAAGGAGAUCCCGCCGGACACAGAGGACCACAAGCGCAUCAAGGCGCAGCUCAUGGAAGCGCGUAGGAAAAACUUUAUGCUCGAGACGACGAAGAUCGGGGGUAAAUCGUUAAAGGAUGUCAUCGAUCACUUGUAA